GCUGCAGAAUUCCAGUCAGAAUCCAUGUGGGUCCUUGGUUUGUGCUUCACUACUUAAAUGGUCUGAAUACUCCUGGAGGUCCUGGAGCCCGAGGGCAAGGCUCAAGGCAGGUUUCUGGACACUUCAGCUUCCCAGGUAGCUCCUGCCUCAGCAUGGCUGCUCCCCCACCUGCAGAACUUGAGCAGAGCCUUAAAGAGCAUCUCUCCUCUUCUUCUGAGCCCACGUUGGACCUCAAGGCAGACGAAGCUACAUUAUUUCCAGGUGCUGGAGUCAGUGACAUACCCUCAGAUGGGCAUGGAUGUGAGGAGGAGCUUGGCACAGGAGCAGGCGGUUCCAGACAGGAUGGGGUUUGCAAACCUGAAGUGCCAGCAGCAGAUAGUGCCCCAACGGUGACAGAAGAGCCAAACCCAACCCUGGAGACACACAAGGACUCGGCUGGCAUGGACAGCAGCUACGACUUUUCGACCUCCAGCUUGGACAGCCGUUGUGAACCUGACCUGGCUCUGGCCACUGGAGACAGUCUCCCAGACAAAGGUCCCCAGUCGGAGGCUGGUGACCCCGGCUCCACAGCCUCCUUGCCCUGGCCAGAGUUGCCAGAGGAAUGUCCACCUCGGCCUAACACCCUGGAUUUCUCCAACUCCCUCAAAUUCCUGGAGGAGGUGAAGCAGAUGGGGCAGAGGAGGAACAGUGACCACUUGAACAUCCAGGAGAACGGGGUAGAGAGCUGCCCUGAGGCACCUCCCGUCAGCGAGGAGAGAAGGGCGCUGGAGUCGGAGCUGGGGAAGUGCAUCGAAGACUUCAGGAAGAUCAAGAUCCCCAUGUCCUUCCCCAACAAGAAGCGGCAGUGGCAAAGCGAACUACUGAACAAAUACCACGUCUGAGGGGAGGGGCUGGGACUGAAGCC